AUAUAGAUAUUUAUUGUAAAACAAUUGCACCGAUUGGUAUUCAAUGUAUUGUUUUUUGUAAAUUGCCUGGGUUUAAGGAUAUAGCACCGUGAAGCGCCAUAUUUCAAAGCUGAGGUCGGUCGUAACUCGCUCAGGUUCACAUUAGACGUUGUUUAACCGCUGAUGUUUUAAAAAGAACUCAUUUAUAUGAAGGUAUUGAGUGGAGAAUAAAAGUAAUAUAUUGUUUAACCUUAUUGUGAUAAGCAAGGGCGUCAAUGGAUUUAUGGAUUUAAAUUAGAGGGAAACAAAUUGGCAAUUCAAGGACAGGUCAAUUCAGUAACCAAAAUGUCAGACAGUUCAUCAGCAACGAUAGCAGAUAGCACAUUGAAGGACUCACAGUCAUCAUCGCAGAUGUAUCAGAGCUCCUUGGCUAUGACUGAAAAAGUGCUCGGAGAGCAGGAAUAUGAAACACAAUUCUUUGGUUUUACCCCGAAGUCCUUUACUGAUGGAGUUUAUAAUGCUGUGAAUGAAUACCUCACAGACUGUCUGGAAGUGGUAGAGAAAUACAUCAUUCAAGAGUUCAGUGCCGUCAUCCCAGCAGAAACAGUGAGAGAAUGUACACAGCAGUUGCUGCCUGUGUUUGUGAAGACUUUUGACAAAGCAUUUGAUAAGUUAGAGAAUUAUCUUCUCUGUAACAUAUUUCACAUUCCCAACAAUGUGUUACUUCCCGAAGAUAAGCCCCAAGAGUUUCAGUACACAGAGCUGGAGCAGGAAGAGAUCGACAGGGACCUGGAGACACUGAGACAGAAGAUCAGAAAUGCCAAGUAUGUAAAUGCCUGUUUGGAGCAGGAGUUGAAGGACAUAGCCACAGUUCAGGAACAGUACGACAAGAUGCUGACUCUGCUGGAAAGGCUGGAAAAGACAACUAUGUCUGCAGGAGUCCCUGACUUGAAGGAAAGUUUGGUAUUCACUUGUGACAAGGUUCGGGCACUGAACACGAGAAUACAGGAACUAAAACCGCUUUCGCCACCACGCUUUAAGCUUCACCAUGAUGACACGUCCAUGAGCAAAAUGAACAAAAGACUUCGGAAAAGUUAGCGCAGGACGGAGACAUCCAGUCCAAAAUUUUGAUUCACAAAUCUGUAUACAAAAGGAAAUGUAAUCAACUUUUACAACUGAACAACAUUCAUAAAGAUUUUCACUAGAAAGCUGGAGAUAACAUGUGGAAAAAACUUGAGAUAUUGCAUGUAAAAGUUGGUUCAGAUGGUCCAUUGAAGAUAAGGUCUAAUGUGUAUUUAUUUAUUAUGUGUAGUAAAUAUAGUUAACAUUGGGGAUUGACUGCCAAAUGGACAACAUGAAAAACAUUACGUCCCUUUUACUACAACAAAAUGGCCUCCAAAAGUAUGGUUCUU